AUGACGAUCCCAGACGAGGUUGAUAUUAUUGUUUGUGGUGGAGGAAGUUGUGGCUGCGUCGUCGCUGGACGACUGGCGAACUUGGAUCACAAUCUGCAGGUCCUCCUCAUCGAGGCCGGAGAAUCGAACUUGAACAAUCCAUGGGUUUUCCGACCGGGUAUCUACCCGCGUAACAUGAAGUUGGACAGCAAGACUGCCUCCUUCUACUACUCUCGACCUUCCGAAUGGCUCGAUGGACGACGAGCUGUCGUGCCUUGUGCACACAUCUUGGGUGGCGGAUCGUCUAUCAAUUUCAUGAUGUACACCCGUGCCUCUGCAUCUGACUACGAUGACUUCCAAGCGAAGGGCUGGACCACCAAGGAGCUUAUCCCUCUCAUGAAGAAGCACGAGACGUACCAGCGCUCCUGCGGCAACCGUGACCUCCACGGCUUUGAGGGGCCAAUCAAGGUUUCCUUUGGCAACUACACUUAUCCCAUCAAGGACGACUUCUUGAGGGCCACUGAAUCUCAAGGUAUUCCUUUCACCGACGAUCUUCAGGAUUUGACAACCGCACAUGGAGCUGAGCACUGGCUCAAGUGGAUCAAUCGUGAUACCGGACGAAGAUCUGACUCUGCACACGGCUACAUUCAUAGCACUCGUGCCGUUCAUCAGAACCUGCAUCUGAUGACUAACAACAAGGUCGAGAAGGUAGUGCUUGAAGGCGACCGUGCCGUCGGUGUAAAGGUUGUUCCCACCAAACCUCUUUCUCCAGGACAGUUGACUUCCAGAGUUAUCAAGGCCAGGAAGCAGAUCAUCGUAUCCGGAGGUACUCUAAGUUCUCCGCUCAUCCUUCAGCGAUCCGGUAUUGGUGACCCAGAGAAGCUCCGCAAGGCCGGUGUCAAGCCCCUCGUCGAUCUUCCAGGUGUCGGUCUGAACUUCCAGGACCAUUAUCUCACGUUUUCGGCAUUCCGUGCUAAGCCAGGUGUGGAGUCCUUCGACGAUUUCGUUCGUGGAGACCCUGCAGUUCAGAAGCAAGUUUUUGACCAGUGGAACCUCAACGGCACAGGACCACUUGCUACCAACGGUAUCGAAGCUGGCGUUAAGAUCCGUCCUACGGAAGAAGAGCUUACCAUGAUGGACAAAUGGCCCUGCCCAGAGUUCCGGUCUGGCUGGGACAGCUACUUCAAGGACAAACCUGACAAGCCGGUCAUGCACUACUCCGUAAUUGCUGGCUGGUUCGGCGACCACAUGGUCAUGCCCCAUGGAAACUUCUUUAGCAUGUUCCAUUUCCUAGAGUAUCCCUUCUCCCGCGGUUCGACCCACAUUACCUCACCCAACCCCUACGAUGCUCCGGAUUUCGAUGCGGGAUUCAUGAAUGACAAGCGUGAUAUGGCUCCAAUGGUUUGGGGAUACAUCAAGUCUCGUGAGACGGCGCGCCGCAUGGAUGCGUACGCCGGCGAGGUGCAAUCUAUGCACCCAUUCUAUGCAUUCGAUAGCCCCGCGCGAGCCUUGGAUAUGGAUCUUUCCACUACCAAUGCUUAUGCUCUUCCGGGUAACCUAACUGCUGGAAUCCAGCACGGCUCUUGGACCAUGCCAUUAGAUAUUAAGAAGGGCAAAGCACCCAGCCCGAACUUCCUCAACUCCAACUCGCAACACGUGCUUGAAGACCUCCAUUACACGAACGAGGAUAUCGAGCACAUCGUGACCUGGGUGAAGCGCCACGUAGAAACUACCUGGCACUCCCUUGGUACUUGUUCCAUGGCACCCAAGAACGGAAACAGCAUCGUCAAGCACGGCGUGCUGGACGAACGCCUCAACGUUCACGGCGUCAAGGGUCUCAAGGUUGCCGAUCUGUCCAUCUGCCCUGACAAUGUCGGCUGCAACACGUACUCGACUGCACUGCUCAUUGGCGAGAAGUGUGCUGUACUGACAGCCGAGGACUUGGGAUACAGCGGCGCUGCAUUGGACAUGAAGGUGCCCACCUAUCAUGCCCCGAGAGAGAUUGUUGGUCUGUCAAGAUUGUAG